AAUAAUUAUUAAAAGUAAGCGUGUAUUUAAGAUUGUACUUCAAUCACACAGUAUCGUAACACAGAGGGCGCAGCGAAUGUAUGGUUGGUAACGCGACAGGCUGCCGUCUGUCUUUUUCAAGGUUUUCAAUACGACUGUCAGGAAAGCUGUCCAGACAAUUGCCGAAGCAUCACGCAUAGAAUACUAUACGUUUGCAUUGCCCGAACGGAUUUUUGAUUUUGUAAAGAAAUGGCGAAGGGAAAGAGUGCGGCUUUCGAGGAUUUAUCGAAUGUGGAAUUCGAAACCAGCGAAGAUGUGGAGGUUAUCGAUAAAUUUAAGCAUAUGCACUUAAGGGAAGAGCUCGUCAGAGGAAUAUUCGCAUAUGGCUUCGAAAGGCCCUCUGCAAUCCAGCAAAGGGCAAUCAAACCAAUCAUGAAGGGCAGAGAUGUAAUAGCACAGGCACAGUCUGGUACUGGUAAAACAGCCACCUUCUCCAUUGCAAUUUUGCAACAGCUCGACUUGACAAUGCGUGAAACUCAGGUUUUGUGCUUGUCGCCGACCAGAGAACUUGCCGUUCAGAUCCAGAAAGUUAUCCUCGCUCUCGGUGACUUCAUGAAUGUGCAGUGCCACGCCUGUAUUGGCGGGACAAAUUUGGGUGAGGACAUCAGGAAACUGGAUUAUGGUCAGCAUGUUGUGAGUGGAACUCCUGGAAGAGUCUACGAUAUGAUUCGCAGACGAGCACUUAGGACGAGGUCCGUUAAAAUGCUCGUACUAGAUGAAGCCGAUGAAAUGUUGAACAAAGGUUUCAAGGAGCAAAUAUACGAUGUGUACAGAUUUUUGCCACCAUCUACGCAGGUGGUGCUCAUUUCCGCUACGCUUCCUCACGAAAUUUUGGAAAUUACGUCUAAAUUCAUGACGGAUCCCAUUAGGAUUUUGGUAAAACGUGAUGAGUUAACUUUGGAAGGAAUCAAACAGUUCUUCGUCGCGGUGGAGCGUGAGGAAUGGAAGUUUGAUACGUUGUGCGAUCUGUACGACACAUUGACUAUCACUCAGGCGGUGAUUUUCUGUAACACAAAGAGGAAGGUUGACUGGCUUACCGAGAAAAUGCGCGAAAGCAAUUUUACCGUUAGUUCCAUGCAUGGUGAUAUGCCACAAAAAGAAAGAGAUAACAUUAUGAAGGAGUUUAGAUCUGGACAAAGCAGAGUACUUAUUACCACAGAUGUAUGGGCUAGAGGCAUUGAUGUGCAGCAAGUCAGUUUGGUCAUCAAUUAUGAUUUGCCCAACAACCGUGAGUUGUACAUUCACAGGAUCGGUAGAUCUGGUCGUUUUGGUCGCAAAGGUGUUGCCAUCAACUUCGUAAAGUCUGAUGAUAUUAGGAUUUUAAGAGAUAUUGAGCAGUACUAUUCAACACAGAUAGAUGAAAUGCCAAUGAAUGUGGCUGACUUAAUUUAAGAAUUUGAUGUUGAUUUUUUCUAUCAGAGUUUAAUUUAUUUAUCACUUUUUUAUAUUUUUACUUUGAAAAUAUACACUAAAGCUACAACUCCCUAAUUAUCUUUAGACAAUUGAAUUGUCCCUGUCUUCUUUUAUACUGAUAGUUAAGACUGUAGCAUCACUGGGUGUUAUUACGAUGAAAUUUGAAUGAAUAUAUUAAAAUAAGCCAUUUUAAUCAAAUUUAAUUUAUUCUGAAAAAAUGACUAAAAUGGUUUAAUCUUGAUAUAUGUAUAUCUAUUUCUGGUACUAUAUAGUAGUAUAUGAUAUAUCUCAAGAAAGUUGUGUAUUUUAUAACAUUGAAAUUAUAUUUGAAUGUAGUUAAUUAAAACAGUUUAAAAUAUGUAUUUAUCUACAAAUACAUAUUUAAUUUUGCAGAUGGAUUCUUAUAUUGUUUACUAUAAGAUUUGUAAAUACAUUUUUUGUACAAGAUAUGUUUGAAAUAAACAAAUCUUUAAAUAAAAUUAUAUGAAUAUGA